AUGGAUCUGCCUCCUGCGCCCACUCCGCCCGUCUCUGGCGGCAUUGGGCCCAACUCGGAUCGUACCGCCAACCUGCUGAACCUGCUCAAGUUUGGUGGUCCUGGCACGUCCAAGGAGCCGCUGCAGAGCCAGGGUCAGGGUCAAGCUUCGUCGUCCCAGCAACAGCAGCAGCAGCAGCAGCAGCAGCAGCCAUCGCGGCAAACGGAUGAGGAAGACGACGACGAAGACGACGAAGACGAGCAGCGCUACCGGCGCCUUCAGCUCCUCCAGAUGCAGUCCAACCAGUUCUCGACUCGCAUCCACCAGCCUGCCCCCACGGCGGACAAUCCCUCGGGGCUGCUCGCCGCCCUCAUGAGAGGCGCUCACGAGCUGGAAGAGCCCAAGCCUGCUCCCACGCCGCCUCAGGCUCACGCACAGCCCGCGAACCCCUUUGCUGCCGGAACGCCGCCUGCCAACACCACGACCUAUCUCCUCGACCUCCUCAGACCUAAGCCGAGCCAGACAGAUCAGCCGCAGCUGCACGAAACGUCGCGCUCUGCCGAGCACACGCCGCAGUCACAGGAGCUUCUACGCAGUCCUCCCCAGCAGUUCAGACACGGCCUCGACCGCACUUCGUCUCUGCAUUCUCACCAUUCCCACCACUCGCACCACUCUCACCAUUCGACGCAGCAGCCUCUCAAGCCGACCCCGCCGACGUCGGAUUUUGGCAGCUUCGUCAACAUUGACAAGAACAGGGAGACUGUUUCCGAGGCGGUCCAUGACCUUGCCAGCCGCGCCGACCGCGACGCCCAGGAGGCUCUGGACAGAGCUGAGCGCGAGACCGUGUCCAACUAUGCCGAGAGCGCCACCGAACGCCUCUCCAAGGAUGCUCCCGAGGCGAGGGAGGCUGACAACCACAACAACAUCGCAGACAGCUGGGAGAGCGCCGACCAGGACGAGAUUGUCGUCAUCGAGGAGAAGGAACCGGCUUCCGUCAAGGUCUACAACUUCCCCAUGAAGCCCUGGAUCUCCAUCACGCUCCAGGAAGACGCGACCGAGCCCCGCCCGCAGUUCCGAGAGGAGUCGAUCAUGGACGUUGCGCACCUCAAGAAGGACUUUGACCAGAUUGACCGGAACCUGUACACCGCCUCCCAGACGUACAUGACGCACGGCAUGUCCAAGCAGGGCGGCCUGCGCGUUAUUCGGCAGGACGACGGAAAAGAUGCAAAGGUGUUUAGAGAUACCAGAGACCGCAUCUUCAACGUCGCCAUGUCCGUCACCCCCAACGACUACGAUGGCCCUGCCCGGGAAGCUAUCAUCGGUACCGGCAUCAGCGGCACCGUCUACUGGGUUCUGAUCAAGGACGGCGAGAAGGACCACCUCGAGGAUCCCCACCUGGAGCAGUACGGCUUUGCCCUGCCCCCGAUCAACUCCCAGGAGGGCGACGCCCCCGGCGGUGCCCUUAAGACGCGCGCCCGCGCCUCGACCAACCACCCCGAGUUCUUCGCCGUCGGCCGCGGCAAGUCGAUCCACUUCAUCUGGCCCUCCUUCAUCCUGCAGAACAAGCUGUUCAAGCCCGGCCACGAGCACGACCGCGUCGCCGAUACCGAGGCGCUGCUGAGCCAAUGCUCCCUCAAGAUCAACACUGGCAAGGCUGGUAAGGACUUUACCUUUAGCCAGGACGACACCGUCGUUGUCUCGCUCGACAAGUCGGGCCGCGUCAAGUUCUGGGACGUCCGCGACCUGACCGCCGUCAAGGAGGGCUCGGACCCUCGCAACCCCAUGCCUGCCCACUCGAAUCUCGAAGUCAAGGAGCCCCUGAUGACCCUGGCCAGCACGCCCGAGGGCGAAAAGGCCUGGCCCACGUCCGUCCUGCUCCUCGACAAGCAGCGCCCGUACCAGAAGCGGUGCGCGCUGCGGUACAUGAUUGUCGGCAUGAAGCAGAACCACACCCUGCAGCUGUGGGAUCUGGCCCUGGGCAAGCCCGUCCAGGAGUUUAACCUCCCGCACAGCAAGGAGUCUGACGCCGUCUGCAGCGUCAUGUAUCACCCGGCCAGCGGCAUGAUCAUUAUCGGCCACCCGACCCGCAACUCGGUCUACUUUGCUCAUCUCUCGGCCCCCAAGUACAACCUCAAGAGCGUGUCGCAGGCCGAGUACAUCCAGAAGCUGUGUUCGCAGGACCCUUCGAUCCCUCAGCCCGAUAGCACCGCUGUCAUCAGCGGCGUCCGCGAGUACUCCUUUGACAACCGCGGCAUCCUCCGCAGCCUGGACAUCCUGGCCAAUCCCGCCAUGGUCCAGGAUACGGACGAGCCGACUCUCUUUGAGCUGUAUGCCAUGCAUUCCAAGGGCGUUGCUUGCCUGAUGAUCAAGCAGGCCGAGCUGGGAUGGUCCAAGGACAACAAGGUGCUCGAUCCCGUUGACGCUGUCCUCGAGGGCGUCGUCUCCGUGUCCAAGCUCAAGACUCCCGUGCAGACGGACGUUGUCAAUGGCGCAUCUGAGCAGCAGCAGCAGCAAUCUGCCUCUGCUCCGGUGCGCAUUGCCACACGCACGGUGAUUAAGGAUGCUGCUCAGCCGCAGUCUGGCCAAGCCGCCGCCGCCGUUUCUUCGUCGGAAGCCGUCACUCCUCGGGGCGUCAUCGACUUGCAGGCUGCCACCGCGGCCACACCCUCGAAGCCCAAGAACGACGCCAAGGAGGCGGAGACGCCUGGACAGUCGUCAAAGGAAAAUCAUACCGAGAAGCCCGAGCGCAAGCAACGUAAGAAGAAGGGCAAGGAUGCCGAGGGCAACGCCAAUGGUACGGCGCCGUCGCACAAGAGCGAGCCUGGUGCCAACAGGGGCGUUGUUCCCGGCAGCCUUUCCGGCGCCGGUGGCCUCUCGGCCGAGGCCUUUGAGUCGACCAUGAGCAGUCUGGAGACGAGGCUCGGGGCGACGCUGGCCGAGACAUUCAAGUCGUCGCUGAACAACCUCCACAACAAGAUCAACGACAAUGCUCGCGCCAGGGACGACAACUUUAACCAGCACCAGCGGAGACUCAUCGACAUGGUUUCGGAUAUACUGAGCGAGAACACUCAGAAGGUGCUCGAGGCUUUGAUCCACCAGCAGUUUACCGACGUGGUGAUUCCCUCCAUCAGCGACAAGACCAGCCAGGCCGUCGCCGACGUGGUCCUGAACAAGCUGCAGGCCAACAUGAUGCUGUCCGUGCAGAAGGAGAUCCAGGGUGCCCUGCCGCACGCCGUCAGCCGCUCGCUCCGAUCCAACGACUUCAUCAACGCCAUUGCCGAUAGAGUCAGCAACGUGGUGUCCGCCAGCGUGCAGCAGGAGGUGCUGUCGACGCUGACGCAGCGCCUGGCGCCGACGCUCAACACCAUUGCGACCCAGGCUGCCCAGCGCGUGGCCACGGACAUUCACCAGCAGUACCACGACCAGUUUGAGCAGAUGAAGGCGCAGCAUGCGGCGGACAACAACAAGAUUGACCAGCUGCUGUCGUACGUGACGCGGCUGACGGACAUGGUGUCGACUAUGGCGGCCUCGCAGUCGUCGCUGCAGGCCGAGUUUAUCAAGUUCAAGCAGCAGCCCGUCGAGCUCCCCGUGGGCGCCGUCCCCGGUGGCGUCAACAACAUGCCGCACCCCGGCAGCGUCGCCCACAGCAUCGGAUCCCAUGGCUACGCUAACACCGUGGCCAGCCACCGGCCGAGCUUCCCGCCCAGCCAGCCGCCCAGCCAGGCCCCGAGCCACGGCCACCCUCCGCAGUACGGCAGCCCUCAGUACAUGCGCGGCUCGCAGCACAUGGCCAGCCCGCAUGGCUCCGCCGCCCCUUCGGACCACGUCGGGCCCGUCAACAACGUGACUGCGCUCGCCGGCGCCUACGCGAGCCAGAUGAACCGGACCGAAGCCGAGGCCGACAACGACCUCGUGCAGCGCAUCCGCGUGAUUGAGCAGGCCAUUGCCGAGAACCGCCUGCAGGAUGCCAUGAUCCAGUGGAUCCAGAGCGGCCGCGAGGCCGACAUCUUCCGCCGCUGCCUGAGCCGCUACCCCCCGAGCAAGUUUGACAACCUCCAGCCGCUGAUGCUGCUUGUGGUGAUUGCCACCAUUUCUAAGGAGCUGAAGCCGAACCCGCGCCUCAAGGAGGAGAUUGAGUGGAUCGAGAUGGCCGUGAGGGCUUUUGGCGCCAGCUUGCCCAACUACAACUGGGACGAUGACACCUCGCGUGAAAUCGUAAAGAGCACAUCUCAGACGAUGCAGUUGCUCAUUAACCGCGUGCAGCCUCUGAUUGCUGGUAUCCAGGAUGGCUAUCCCACCGACCCCUUCCUCGCCAACCUCGAGCGAGGCAAGCUGGACUGGAUUGUGCAGUCGUCGAGGCACAUUCUCAACACCUUUGCCUAA